CGGUGGGUACCCUCAAACAGUUCAGCGAAGUUACGGAGCACCACGUUGCGAAACAUGGCUUUGAAUGUGACCACUUCACGCCUACAAACCGUCCGCACUGCGUUCGCUUCCAGUACACGUUGUGUGAGACGACGCCUGUGCACGCACUGCGGGGUGCUGACAUGUACCGUAAGGACGGACUCUACAGUUCCCAUCUCUUCAAGCUCUGGCCCAUAGCGCUCAAAGACACAGCGCGGCUCAGCGAUGAAAUGACCCUUCCCAAAGGGGUAGUGAACACACACCUACGUAAGAAAAAGUACAAGAGGCUGGAGCUCCGCCAGCGGCCCAAGACCAUCCACAGCAUUGACGAGAUCUUCCAGGAGUCGGAGAUGAAUACGCAAGAGGGAAACCUCAGGGCCGCCAAGAAAGACAACCUGUCCAAGUCUCAGCCCUCGUUCACCGUUCCCGUAAACACGUCUGGCGAAGGGUUCGAGCGUAUGGCCAGUUUCAGGCAGUCGUUGAAGGAGGACAGAAAGGUGGGGGAGGGGGAGGAGGCCGUGGACGAGGAGGGUCGACGGAAGGCAGAGAAGAAGAGGAGGAGGAGGACGGUGUCUGGAGUGCCCACGAAUAUCAUGCAGGAGAUCGAGCAGUUCGAGCGUGGACGUCGCAUUGACCGUAACCGCCCCCGGCAAUACAGCCUGGACGACCUUGACCCCAAGGAGCUGGAGGAGCGAGACCGGCUGAUGCAGCAGUACCUGCUGGAGAUCGACGCGCAGAUCGCCGAGAGAGAGGAGAUGGAGUAUGCCCAGCAGCGAGAAGCCAAGCUGCUCAAGUUCCUCCCGUGCAGACGAUCUCGCUCUCUGCCGCGCUGUGUGAGGCUCAUGUCAGCUGUGGGCAAGGUCAAGGACUCCACGCUGACGAGGUCGUCGCUGUACGAGAAAAACAAAUCAUCGAAAGUCCCCUCGGACGAGGUGCGUCCCCGGCAACCUGCUAGUGGAAUCACCCGGCAACCUGCCAGUGGAAUCACUCCCAGUUUGUCCAACAGCGCCAGUAUUGGGAGCCUUAGUUCAAGUGGUGGAGGAGGUAGAGCGUCCAGGUCGGCGAAGAGGUCAAGUCUGAUUGGUAACAAGAUCAGAUCUUUCGUGUCGGGCACUCUGAAACCACGGCCGAAGUCACUGGAUUUUGAUGCCAUAGAGACUGAGAAAGAUGACGAGACGGACAAGGGACAUAAGCCAGUAAACAGAUCUGUGAGCUUGGGCAGAGUUAAUUCCCAUGCUAUGCCUGAAGAAAACCUGACAAGAACGGCGUCCAGUGAAUCCCAGGUUGGUCCCGGCUCCUACUACUACUUUGACAACAACACAAUUCCCCGGGCCCAGGCCAAGAAGUACGACUUCCCCUGGGACUCCUUGCCUAAGGACUGGACCACCUCGGUCAAGCUCAGGGAGAUCUCCAAGAGGAGGAAAGAGGACAGACAAAGCUCAUCUGGUAACUGGAGUCAGAGUGGCUACAGCAGCAACCGCCAGUCCAUGGACUCGGACGUCAAGUCCAGUAUGCCGUCCACCACGUCACAACAUUCACUGGGCCGGGACUCUGGACGAGACUCACCGCUCUUACAGCGCAGGGAUACCCUGGACACUGGUUACAUGGGAGAUGCAGCCAGCUCCGAGUCCAUAUCAGAGACAAAGUCAAUGUCAAAUGCGGACAGUGAUGAUUGGAUUCGCUCCCUAGCAGAGAGGGCCGCGAGUCGAGGGGAUGUUACCUCCACCAGCGCUGACGCCUUGGCCAACUUGUCACGUCUCACCAAACAAAACAUCCGUAACCUGGACAUUCUGGUUCCUGGUCGCUCCAGUGUGAGACGAAAGCGCAAUGAGUUGGAGGAUGACGGAGAGUCAUCUGUGUACUCUCUAGACCAGGAGGGAUUCUACACCUCUUUCCAUAAUGACAGUGGUCUCCGUCGAAGUUCCAACACCCUGUUAGAGGAUGAGGACGAUGAUCUGAUGAUGCCGCGUAUGAGGGAGACAAAAAGUCUGCAAAGCGUGACCAGCUUCAGUACCAUGGAGAGCGUCAUUUUCAAGCCUGAGAAUGAAGGUGGAGUUCAGACUGUAAAGUCCUCGUCUGUGUCAUCUCCAAAUUUGGCAUGCCCUUUGUAUACUGCUCCAACCAUUUCUGACUUUCAAGAGUCUGAUAUUCCAGAUAUAGAUGCCCCGGAGGAUAAUGGGAAUACCCUUGAUGCUGGAGACACAGGCACACUUAAAGCAAAGAAGAAAAAGGACAAGAAAAGACCACCACCACCCCCUCCCCCUCGCAGAACCUCCAGCAUCCGAAGAAGUGGUGUCAACUGUGCCGAUUCCUCUAUCUCACCUUCAUCUGACAAAAAUCAAAUUGGCCCUCUCGGUGAAAGCCCAGAAACAUCUUCGGAGUCCUCAGACCAUGAGACCAUUAGUGCUCGACUGAAGACAAAAACCAACAUCUCUGCCCGUACGUUCCCCUCAUGGUGUGCCGGGAUUGUCAGUGAUGACGAUGAUUUUGCCCCACGAGAUACACUCAGCGCUUCCCAGGAACGCCUUAAUGCCGAAUCUUCGGAGUUGGAAGAGAUGUGCCAGUUUGUACUCUCCGGUACUGUGCCUCGGCCACAUAAAGAAACCAACAAACUCAUACUGGAUGAUGUCGACUACACAGCUAACUCCUGGCCACGAGUUAAGAGGUUAGAAACAUCCGGUAUCCUCAAAACUCCAGAAAAAGAUAAAGCAAAAAUUAGUAAUGCAGGAAACCCAAAGACUCUGAACUUUGCCCCAGUGGUCAACCUCUUUGAUGCUAAAUCUCCUCAUGGAGUCCCCAUGCCCCUGUCCCGAAUGUCCUCAUCAGAUGAGAGCAGCUCAGCCACCAGCACUUUUAUGUCAGCACCGUCGUACAAACUCUCUCUCCCUCCUACUGACUUCAGUGAGGACAGUCAGACAAAAGGGGCUUCAGACAAGAAGGUCCACACUGUCACCAGCCAAAACGUGUCCAGCAAGUUUGUGUCUGCCAGUCCAGGGACUCCUGGGUACAAGCCAGGAAAUUCUUCCUCUCAGUUGUCAGGAGCUCACUCAAAGUCCUCCCCGUCCAUUUCGUCCAUUGACAGUUUUGAUGCUCCGCUUGCGAAGCCACUUGGAGCGUGCGACAAGUCAAGUGACACUCUCAGCAGCAAUAGCACCAUUGCUCUCUCUGACUUUGACUCCUCCAGCCUAACACACGUCAGCCUCACAGAUUCCACCCCUUCGGGCUCCACAUUGUCCCUCAACUGGGACACGGAUGAUACCCCAAACCCCACCCCAUCUGCAACACCUGUGAGGAAGUUGGUGUCUGAAAAGAGUGCCAAGUCUUCCUGUAAGUCGCCGAGGCAUGAUCAUAACGGGAAUUUGAAACUCUCUUCUACUCCUGCAGGGAUCACAAAGUAUAGUCGUGGAAGAUCCCCUGCGAAGGGAGUGGCUCCAAAAGCCAUGCAAGAGGAGUUUUCUUUAUCUUUUCCAUCGCCAUCUUCAUCAUCAUCUGUUCCUGCACAGGCUACCUUAUCAUCAGUUAAACCUGUCAUGAACUCAUCAGUUCCAUCAUCAAGUAAAUCAGCAUUAAUUUCUGCCCCACCUGAAACUGGUCCCGUCCUGUUGUCUGCUCCGAGGAUCUCUUCUACAUCUAUUAAAUCAGGUGGUAAUAUUUCAGUGCCUGUAUCUACCUGUGCCUCAGCUAUGCAGCAGUCCAUGAAGCCAAAUUCAUAUGGGACAAUUAUUCCUCCCAACAGCAGCUCUAUCAAUCUGUCCACCGCUCGUGCCAGCGAUAAAAAGCCAAAUAUUAUCAACAAAGACUCGUAUGUCAAAUAUCCAAAUGCCAGCGUCCCAAAGUCAACAUCUUGGUCCCGUGAACGCAACAACCUGAACCUGAUGCAGUCAGGAAGUAAAGAGCAGCCGUUCAGUUCUAACAUAACUCACCCUCAGUCAUGGUCCACUGCAUCUGCUCCUUACAAAGGCAUCAGUUCAGCUGCGGAGAAGACAGAGAGAAGGAGAAGUAGUCCUGUUCUGGCGGAGAACUCCCGAGGCGUUAUGUCUACUUCCUCUGGCUACAAUUUUCCAACAGGUGAGGUCAAUAAAAGUGACCUCAGCUUCAGUAAGCGUCGUCAGAGUGGAGGCAGUCUACACAGUCCGGCAGACAGCGGUUUUGGUUCUCCUGGAUUCAACCAACCUUGUCCCGUUGUGCCCAUUCAGCCAUUCAGUUAUCCAUCUGUUCAGCAGCAGCAGCAGGAGUCAUGGAACUCAUCAUCAUCGGAUUCUUCAAACUCCAAAGUCCCCCUCAUCAAGAAACCUUUGUUAAAAGAUUCCAAGUCUUCCCCUCACCUUGUCCAAAAACAGUUUCCCGGAAGUAGUGGCAGCCAGUUCAAGGCUGACCACAACUUAAAAACUCACAGCCACAGCUCGAGCUCCAGUGAGUCGCUGAGUUCCCAGUUCUCAAUGGCCUCCUCCACCAAUCAUCUUCUGGGAAAGAAGGGAAAGACCGACUUGUCCCAGCCCGUCAUGCGCUCAGGUCACUCGAGUGAAUCCCUUCAUUCCAACAGCUCUGCUGGGCGCUCCGACUCCUACAGAGUAGCUCUCCUCGCAGAGUGUGAUGAGACAAGUCUUGUUUCCCGCAGAAAUUCAGCAUCAAGCACAAGCACUCACAACGACUCUUCAGUGAAAGCCUCAGAAAGUUCUUCAUCUCGUCCGACAUUGAGAAAAUCUCUCUCAGGCCCAGCCUCAAAUUACACGGACGAUGGUAUCAGUCGGGCCGACUCUUACCGCUGCGCAGUGCGGAAUACACAGAGCGCUGUACUGGGUGAUGUGAUGGCUAGGAAUAGCUCCUACCGGCUGGCGACUUGUGAAGACAGCGUUGUUGUCACUGACAGCAGAAUGGAUGCUUGCAAUCUGUGGACUGGCAAAACGGGGGGCACCAGAGACAUGAGACGUAUGGGCAUCACUGAUGUGGAUCAGCUUAAAAACUAUAAUGACAGUGAUGUCAAAGUUAGCUCCAAAAGAAACACUUCCAAAACUGCUGCCACUUUGCACGUCAGAAAAAAGUUAGCAGUGAAACCAGACAAUGAAUCUCUCCUUAGCACAUCGUCCAAAACCCCACCCACUGACCACAAAAGACUGGUGAAAACCAAUAGUAAAGACAAAGGCAAAAACAACAAAACUCAGAGCUCGACCUACAUUCGAUUUGACCCAAUAUUUGAGAGUGGGGAAGAUCUAAGAGCCUCCAGUGAGUCUCUUCGGCCACCGUCAAUCACCUCUGUGCGCACCCUGGCUAGAGCAGAUUCCAACGAUACUUUGACUGCUGAAAAGGCUCAACUUGUGAGUCAAAAGGCUAGUCCUGUGUCUCCUGUCAGAAAAAGGUCAUCAUCUCAGGGUCGAAGGUCAUUUGAAGACAGGUCAGGUCUCUCAUUGCUGGGGAGCAUCAAGACCACGAUAAAGUCUAUUGGGGGUAGCAAGGGGGAAUGAUUUCUUCAAAGUUGUUCAUCUUUAUUGAGGUAGUUUUGUUUUUACACAUGUGUACAGCAAAAUGGUCUUGUCUGGUCAGCUGUCUCCUUUGAAUUCUUCAGUCGGCAAUGUCAUGACCUUCCCUUCACCUUCACAGUUUUCUUACUUUGCAAAAUGUUUUAAUUGUCUAGAAGUUGAUUUUUUGGGGGGAGGUUUAAUUUUGUUUGGGUUUUUUGUUCUUUUUUUCUGGGAAAGGGGGGGGGGGGAGAUGUUGUACAUUUCUGUCUAAGGGAAGUUUAAUGGACUUUGAAUUUUUAACAUAUACUGCCGUGAUCUUAAUUUACUAAAAUUCUUAAUAUGAUUUUUAUUUUCAUAUGUUUGACACUUGAUUUCGUAUGAAAACUCAAUCUAAACCAAUUUUUUAUUAGAUUGUUUCAAGUUCUUCUAAAUCAACUAUUUUUCAUUCCUCAAGGUGUUUUGAGGAGUGCUUUUUACGCAUAUUAUUAUAUAGCUAAUGAGCAGCGUCAGAAAAUAGCAUGCCUGUGCUGACCUACAAAGGCUCAGUUUUGAUCCUCUUGUUCUUUGGAUGAAAAUAGCUUCAGGGUUUCACAAAUGUACAGGUAUAUAUGGGUGAUUGCAUUUGAUUGUGAGUUGAUGCUCAGUGUUUCAUAUCCAUGUAGCUGCUCAGAUGAUGAUGUUGAAGUCUUAACGAAUGGGUGGUGAGUCAAAACGGUAGAAAGGUAUACGGUUUAUGUGUGGAUCAGAUUCAGGAGCUGAUACUUCAGAAAACAAUAUGAUUUAGAGAGAAAGAGAGAGAGAGAGAGAGAGAUAAAUUUAAUGAGUGAAGUAUAGGCUGCUAAAUCCUUUUCUACUGUUUUUCCAUCGUAUUCAUUUAUGACUCUGUAAGAGAAAAGACUUUUCUGUGCUUUAGCAUGAAAGAGAAUGCACACCAAGUUCACUUAAAUGUUUUAGCUAGGUAUACACAAGAAAAUAUAUUUAUAUUUUUACAUUGUGUGCCAUAUCAAUAACCAACUACCCAUAUAAUAAGAAAAGGUUUGGAAGAGCAUUCCGUAUGGCCUGAGGCAGCAAAACUUGACUUUAAAUUUAAAUUGUACAGGAUUUCAUGUAUGUUUAUGUUUGUAGGUAAAGUUGUGGUUGAAUUUGUUUGUGCUUUUUUGUGUAACUUGCCUACAUGCCUUUUGAGAUGCAUGCAUAUUGUGUACAUGUAUGUAUCUUUAGUCUUGGACAGUCUGUUGGCUUUUAGUUCUGGAGUUGAACAAGUUUUUAAUCAAAAAAUUUAGAAAAAGUAUUUUGUCAUAGCAAUGACAUGUCUUUCUCAAAGACUUGCAGACAGUACAGGGACUUUUAACCCUGAAUCAGCUGGUGACUGGACUCUCAAGAAAGUCUGUACUAGCUGGGUUCAAAACAUUAGGCUUUUGAUUUUUUUUUAUCUCGCAGAAGAAAAGAUUUCACACGUACAAGCACAUACUUCACAUAGAAAUUGAUGGCUGCUGGAUCAGAAAAGAAAAGUAAAUCGAUGGCUGAACAGAGAAUAUCAGGAUUACAGCUACAGUGCACAAAGGAAUAUAGAGGAACCUGUCAAUAUCAUAUUUGUACCAUCUGCACAAGCUUGUGUAAGCACGUGCUUCACUUUUAGUGCACAACAUGUGCAUGUGAACAGUGCUUCAGCAUUUAGGGUUGGAGUUUCUCUGCUUGCUAGCUCAGGAUGUGCUGGUCAAGUUUAGCAGAGUAAUCAACAGUUUUCAAAAAUUGCAAGCCUUGCCAUUAAAAAAGGUUAUGUUUUUUUAUACAACUCCUGAGGUUACUGGAAUAUCUUAGAGUGUUUUAACUGUAUUUUGGCGCUUUGUUCAUCUUAUUGUCUCUUUCUGGUGGGUUUCGAACUUUCAUUUCGAAUAAUGCUGAACAUGUGAACAGGACAAUAUUGUUACCUCUGUAAGCUACCAAAGAAAUAACUUUCAUGUCAAAUGUGCAUGAAGAUUAUUUUUGGUUAAAAUUCGGGGGGCCAUUGUUUUGAUUACAAGUCAAGCCUUUUUUCCUAUUCCUUCUAACACUUGAAAGAGCAAUAACAUGAUGAACUGUGCAAGCCUUUCUGUCUAAAAUAUGGAGAUAUUUUUAAAACCUUUUUUCACAUACAGUGAGUUCUAAAGGAAUAGGAUUCUCCUACUAUAGACAUAUGGCCUUCCACAUGUACACUUUCAUGUGGCGGCAUCAGUAUUGUAGUAGUUAGGCUACUGGACUCAUAAUCCUGAGGUUGCAGAUUCAGGGGGAUCAAGGCUCAGCUUGUUCUGAUAUUGUGUCCUUGGAAAAGUCACUUUUUGCUGAUUUUCCUAUUUGGCUCUGAUCCUGUCAUUAAAUUUGGAAGUACUGCUCUUAAAUAGCCUUAGUGUUGCAAGGACACUAAUUAACCUUUACCCUUUUACACAUUCUUGGAGACAGAGAUACAGAUUGUUUAAUUCCUAGAAGAUUGGACUCAACUCCUGUGGUCAUCUGCCAGACUUUCAAGUAAUACAU